AUAAAAAGAGGAUCUGGCAACCUUUGGAUAACAAUGCUGGAGAACUUGAGUGGAGGCCACAGCGAUCGACCCUCCUCUAGAUCCUCCUCCACCUUCAGCUUCUCCAGCCUGUUCGCUCUGCCGCACCACCUUCACAUGGAUGGAAGCAGUCAUCCAUUCAGGAGGACUCUGUACCGGCUGAAGUUGGUCAGUUCUCCAAAUCUGAGUCAGCUGGGCAAAAGUGAGAAGGCUUCACUGGAGGAGAGAGGAUCAGGUCCAAACGCCACAUGGAACAGCAUUCACAACGCAGUUAUUGCUGUUUUUCAAAAGAAAGGACUGGCAGACAAUGAACUCUAUACACUCAACGAAGGCGUGAGGCAGCUAUUAAAGACUGAGCUGGGCUCAUUCUUUACAGAGUAUCUUCAGAAUCAACUUUUAACUAAAGGCAUGGUCAUUUUACGGGACAAAAUAAGGUUUUACGAAGGUCAGAAGUUACUGGACUCUUUGGCUGAGACGUGGGACUUUUUCUUUUGUGAUGUUCUCACCAUGCUUCAAGCCAUCUUUCACCCCGUCCAGGGGAAGGAGCCGUCUGUGCGUCAACUGGCCCUGCUGCACUUCCGAAACACCAUCACCCUUAACAUGAAGCUGGACGAGGCUCUGUCUAGACCACGAGCCCGGGUCCCGCCCUCCAUCGUCCAGAUGCUUCUGGUAUUACAGGGGGUUCACGAGUCUAAAGGUGUGAGCGAAGAGUACCUGAAGCUGGAGUCUCUCCUUCAGAAGGUGGUGUCCCCGUAUCUGGGCACACAAGGACUGUGUUCACACGAGUGUGGAGCUUCUCACUGCUCCUGCUUUAUUGAGCGGCGUUUGCAGUAUUGCUGGUCCAAAUCUGCAGAUCUGCCGUCCACUAAUCCAGUAGUUCGCUCCAAAAGUUACAACAUCCCCAUGCUGACACCCGUGGCGGAGUAUGACUCUGAAGUGAGCUCAGUUGGGAGCGUGGGCAUCCGGCGCCACUCAGCAUGUGAUGUCACUUCCUGUAUAGAGCACCAGGGCUAUUCGGCCCUAUCUGUGGGAAUAGAGACCAGCUCCACCCCCAGACUCUCACUCGAUCACGACCUUAUGAUGCGAGGAGCCGCGGGACAACCCUCUCUUAUAUCUCCACCCGUGUUCAUCCACACCUCCACUGGGUGUCUACACGCUCCCGACGCCCAGAUUGCGUCAUCCGAAUCAGAAAAGGUGGUUUCGUCACCCCCGAGUUGCUCCUCCAGUCCGGAGACGAUUGUAAUGCAAGGACUGGAUUCACUGGAAUCGGAUCCCGAAGGAAUCUUCAUUGAUUUUUCCCACUGCCGCUCUGAUUCUUUCGGAACGAGCAGGAAAACAAGCUGA